AUGACACUGCCCAACUCGGUCCUUGUUGACGAGAUUUUUAUCGGAGUCUAUGUGUUCACCUUCAUCCUCACGCUCAUCUGCGGUCUUCGGAACGGUUUCUCCAAGGCCGCCGGCUUCUUCUCUCUCGUCCUCUUCUCCGCUUGCCGUCUGGCAUCCAACAUCAUGUUGACCGACCAAUACUACAAGCAUUACUCGAGUGUCAAUAUGGUCGAGUGGGGCUACAUUCUUCACGGGAUCGGAUACUCUUUCUUGGUCACCAGCGCUCUCUCUUUCCUUGCAAUCACUCACGCACGCGCACAUGGCCUCGGCGAUGCCACCGCCAAGGGUUACAAAAGGCCGUGGGCCCUUCGCAUCCUCCACCUUGUGAACAUCGGUGCCCUCGUCUUGUUGAUCACCGGCUACUCGAAAAGCAGCGACGUUUUUGAUGGCCAGCACAACACCGCCAAGCUCAACAGCAAGGCACACAUUGGCGAUAUCAUCUACUGCGCCAUCACACUCGUCCUCUUCGCUUACACCGCGACGCUUUUCCCUAAAACCAUCGGUAGCGACAGGCAGAUCCUCGUUCGUGUCUUCUUGGCGCUCGUUUUCAUGGCUGUUCGUGUCGCGUACACUACUUGGCACACGUAUCAGGUACCUUUCAUCGGUGUCAGUCUAUGGCCAAAAGUUGGACUCGAUUACAUCCCCGAAGUUCUCGCCAUCCUCUCCUUUGUCCUCAUCACUUUUGUCAAGCGCGAGGCAGACCACUACACGUCACAGAAGCAGUUCGAGUUUGGCGAGCAGGGUGCCAAUUUCGCAUGA